UUUUUAUUGGUCCGUUAGUCUUAUGUUGUGCUUAUGUUAUGUUAUGCAUUUUAUGUGCGAGACCCUUUAAAAAUCCUGUUCUCGAUGAAGCCAAAAUGGCGGCGGAAAGUGUAAAUAGUACAGUUCUAUAUCGUUCAACUAUAGUUAAAGUACAAUUGUAUCUUCUUGCGGAAAGUGUCGCAUAAUCUGUGUGAUAAAGCAAAAAUACAUAUUAAAAUGCUAGGUUGUUGCGUGGAUCUGUGCAAAAACUGCACAAAGAAAGCUCGCUUAUUUCGCUUGCCAACGGGUAAAAGAAAUAGCGAAAGACGAUUAGAAUGGUUACGAUUAAUUGGAAAAAAUACAUUAGCUGAAAGAGCUCUAAUUUGUGAGGCACAUUUUGGCGAGGACCAGUUUGAGAAUAAAAGAGAAGAAGAAAACUGCUCCGUCCAUUCACAAAACCAAAUUUAUUAGAGAAACACACAAUAGAGGCGAAAAACUAAUUAACAGAAAAGGCAUCUAGAUCUGUGGAGAUAGAAAUUCAUGACAAGCAGAACCCAAUAAAUAUAAAUUGCACUAGCUUGUGUAACGAUAUUAACAGUCAUAAUAACAAUGAAGACAGUAAUAACAGUAAUAACAUGACAAAUAAUAUUGGAACAAAUGUUGUGGAUGAAUCACAGAACACUCCAUUAAUAAAGAAAAAAGAUAAAGAUAUUAGGAAAUUGAAAAAAGCUUUACAACAAAAAAUACGAGAAUGUAAUAUUUUGAAGAAAAAAUUGCGGAAAAAAAUAUAAAUUUUGAAAAAGUGUUCAACGCAGAUCAACAACAGUUUAUGACAAAUUAUAAUCACAGAGGAUCUUUAUGGUCUGCAUAAACAAUAAAUAAAGCCUUGAAACUGUAUGUAGCCUGCGGACGAAAAGGCUAUGAGGAGGUGCAACGGCAGAACUUGCCAUAUCCAAGUAUCCGUACUCUACAAUAUCGCAUACAAAGUUUAAAAUUUGGGCCAGGUAUUUUAGAAGAUAUAUUGCAGCUGUUAAAGAUGAAAAUAGAGACAUUUAAAUCAGAAGGAAAACAUGCGAUACUACUUAUAGAUAAAAUGUCCAUAAAAACUGGUCUGCAAUAUGAUAGAAGUACCAAUAUAAUUAUUGGCCGACCAACAAUAAAACUGUCAGAAGGAAUGGAUUUUUUUAAUCAGCUAGCUACACAUAGUACGGUAUUUAUGUUGUGCGGCAUUACUACUAAGUGGAAACAAACCAUUGGGUAUGAAUAUACAGCCAAUUCAUUUUGCCCGCAAGAAAUGACGAGAAAGAUUUUAACAAUUAUUGAAAAGGCACACAAUAUUGGAUUAAUUAUUAAGGUAGUACUUUCGGAUAUGGGAGCGCAAAAUAGGAGUUGGUGGAGACUUUUUAAUAUUACAGCUGGUAAAUGUAGUCAGAUAAAAAAUAACAUUCAACAUCCAUGUAACAAUGAAGAUAAACUAUUUUUUACACCAGAUCCAGUUCAUGUUUUUAAAAAUACAGCAUCCGCAUUAACUGCAGGUAACACCUUUUAUUUAGAUGAAACAAUAGUGAAAAAGUAUAACUUACCGCACAACGAAGUCUCUAUCAAACCUAUUUGCGAGGUAUAUAUGCUAGACCAAAAAGAUAUUUUAAAACUGUCCACACUUAAAAGAAAAAUCAAUAAAUCCUUCUCACUUCGAUAAAAUGAACGUUGCCUUAAGUGUAGGAUUAUUAAACAACAACGUUGCAGCCAUAUUAUAUCACAUAGAUAGAAAAAAUAUUGAUUACGUGCAUAAAACUACAGCGUGGUUUAUAAGCACAAUACACAAAUGGUUUAAGCUUAUGACUAGUCGUUAUGAAAAACUUGCGCUAUCCCAUUUUCAGGAAAAUAUAUACACAGAAAAUAUCACUUUUUUAAAAGAAUUUAAUGAAAUUGUUUAUGGAAUAACAGUAGUUGGAAAUGGAAAGUGGAAACCAUUCCAAAGCGGUUUGGUACAUUGUACACAAACUGCUCUCGAUAUACAACAUGAAUAUCUAAACAAAAUUUUAAAUAUUUAUUAUUAGGCAGGUUUACUCAGGAUGCGUUAGAAAAUUUAUUCUUGACAAUACGUGGGCGAAUCUGUACCAGACGCACGAGAAUUUAAACAAUCAUUGCGUCUUGUUUCUCUGUCACAAUUUCAGGCAAACAUUAAUCGUGGUAAUUAUUCUGCUGUUGAUGCCGAUCAUCUUGUACAAUAUUGUACAGAAAUAAAACUAUUGGAAAAUAAAAAUAAGUCUAGAGACAUACAACGUCUCGAGAGCAUUGAGAAUGAAAUAUGGGAUGAUUGGGAUGAAGAACUACACACUCCACUAAUGCGAAUGAACCUUUAAAUAAUGAAACGCAAACUGCAUUGUAUUAUUUGACAGGUGCAUUAUUACAUAAAAUUAAAAAAAAUUACAAACAUUUUACUACAUGUUUUAAUGCACUUGUAAAUACUGAUACAAAUUCGAAUGAUGUCAAUAAUAAUAAUUUAAGUCUUUUCACCAAAUUAAGAGAAUAUAAGAAAAAUGUAUUAUAUUUUCUUACUAUGGAUGUGUAUAAUAUCAUAUAUAAAUGCGAAAUAUUAUUUCGGCAAUAUGAGACUGAUUUAUUAUCUAAUAAGUUAAAACCUAUAGAAUUAGUCAAUAAAUGUUUACAAAUGUAUUCGACGGAUUUUAUUCCUGCAUGUCAUAAUAUUAUAUAUAAACUACUAAAAAUAUUUGUUAUUUCACGUAUACAUUUUGUUUUAAAAACAAACUGUGAUAACAUUAUCAAAGCUGUUCCUUCUUCUAGUCGUAGUGUCGCAAUGAAGAAAUCGGUGAUAAAUUAUAAAUGUUACGGAAAAAAUAAGACUAUGUGAUAAAAAUAAAUAAAAUAUAUUUUAUAUUUAAUUUUUAGUAUUUAUUUGUUUUUCCUUCUUUGUAAUAUUAAUUCAUAUAAGUGUCAUUUGAAAUUGCCACGUUAUGGAGCCAAAAUGGCGGACAAUUGCGUUACUUUAUAGAUCUAGUGAUUUGACUUUACGCGUGAUCGCGACGGUAGGUUAGCUUGGUGCGCGCACGUGGUGCUUGUCGGUGCGAUGCUCGGGUGGACGGAGCGGAGUGGCAGUGCGCGCGAGGUGGAGGGGCGUUUCAUUACAAUAUUAUAAGGUCAUAUCAUUAUUUAAACUGUCACUUUAAUGCAUAAUAAAAAGUUCUUAUUAUUGUGAUAUUGAGUGAUAAAUGAUAUUAUAAUAUCAUUAUAACUUCUGCGUUCUGUUUAGAUGUACAUUUGUAAUUUAAUACCAUACCGUAAAUUUGUUAAUAAAUUUUCUUGGAACUGUA